UUACAUUUAGCAUGUUUAGUAGGAAACUUGGAUAUAAUAACAUAUAUUCUUGAUCACAAAGAUGUCGUCCAGAUCUGUGAUAGAAACGGUAAAACGCCUUUACAUUUAGCUGCUUGGAAUGGCGAUACUAGAAGUAUUGAAAUUUUAUUGGAAUAUGGGGCCAAUAUUAACUGUAUGACAGAAUCU